ACUAUUAUCAUUAUCAUUAUCAUCAACAUCAUCAAAAUAAUAUAAUAUGGGCGUUCUACCUGCAUCUGUACGUCCAAUUGGUCCAAUAAUUAAUCAUCAUUCAAUAAAUAGAAUGGGAAAUCGUUCAACAUUUAAUAUACAAUUAUUUGAUGGUUUUACUGAUAAUUUAGCAUUUUUAAUACCAUUAGGUAUUGGCCUAUUAACACUUUCAUUAUUAACAUUUUUGGGUAAUGCAAUGGUUGUACAUGCAAUACGUACUGAACGUAAACUUCAUACGGUUUCCAAUAUGUUUAUAUUAAGUUUAGCAAUAGCUGAUCUAAUUGUUGGUCUUAUUGUUAUGCCAUUAAGUUCAACAUAUGUUAUAUUUGGUGAUUGGAUACUUGGCAUAUUUGUUUGUCAAUUAUGGUUAGUUAUUGAUUAUACAGCAUCAACAGCAUCAAUAUUUAAUUUAUUAAUAUUAUCAUUGGAUCGUUAUUGGUCAAUACGUUCACCAUUAAAAUAUCUUUGUAAACGUACUAAAAAAAGAGCAUUAGCAAUGAUUGGUAUUGUUUGGAUGAUAUCAGCAUUAUGGGCAAUACCUAUUAUUGGUUGGCAUCUUUGGUAUAAUGAUGGUAUACGUAAACAUCCGAAUAAUGUUUGUGAAACGGAAUUUUCCGAUUCAGUUGUAUUUAAAAUAACAACAUCGAUUGCAAAUUUUCUUGUACCAAUGACAUUAAUGAUGAUUUUAUAUUAUAAAAUAUUUCGUGAAAUUAAACGUCGUGAUACAAAAUAA